ACUCCGUAAUAUACAAAUUAUCUGAAAGUGCUUGUCGAGAUAUCCCGAAGAUUCCAGAAGUCGCAUACUGUUUUUUCUGACGUUUUGAACACAAAAACAAGAUGGUGUCUCUGAAUCCUGUUCAGAUCUUCAAGGCUGGCGCAGAGGAAGAAAAGGCAGAAACAGCCAGAUUGUCCUCUUUUGUUGGUGCCAUUGCUAUUGGUGAUCUUGUCAAAAGCACACUUGGACCAAAAGGAAUGGACAAAAUCCUUCAAGGAGGUGAUCACAUCUCGGUAACCAAUGAUGGGGCCACGAUAUUGAAAGCCAUUGGAAUAGACAACCCUGCAGCUAAAGUAUUAGUCGAUAUCUCUAAAGUACAGGAUGAUGAGGUUGGUGACGGAACAACAUCUGUGGUAGUUCUAGCAUGUGAGCUCCUUAAGGAAGCUGAAGCUUUAGUUUCACAGAGAAUACACCCACAGACAAUCAUCACUGGGUGGAGGAAGGCAACAGAUGUGGCCAGGCAGGCCCUAACAAACUUUGCCAGGGACCAUGGAAAUGACCCCGAGAAAUUCAGGAACGACUUGUUGAACAUAGCCAGGACAACACUUAGCUCAAAAAUUCUCACACAGUACAAAGAUUACUUUGCCAACAUGACAGUGGAUGCUGUGCUGAGACUGAAGGGCAGUGGUAACUUAGAUGCUAUUCAGAUCAUCAAGAAGCUUGGUGGAGGACUUUCAGAUUCAUACCUUGAUGAAGGAUUCCUAUUAGAUAAGAAAAUUGGAGUAAACCAGCCAAAAAGAAUAGAAAAUGCCAAGAUUCUCAUCGCCAACACACCCAUGGACACUGAUAAAAUCAAGGUGUUCGGAACAAAGGUAAAAGUAGAUGCUGUGUCAAAGGUAGCUGAACUCGAGGUUGCAGAGCGAGAGAAAAUGAGGGACAAGGUCAACAAGAUCCUGAAGCACGACUGUAAUGUUUUUAUCAACAGGCAACUCAUCUACAAUUACCCUGAGCAGCUGUUUGCUGAUGCUGGUGUGAUGGCAAUUGAGCAUGCAGAUUUUGAUGGCAUUGAAAGGUUGGCUCUUGUAACAGGUGGUGAGAUUGUGUCCACCUUUGAUUGUCCUGAGUUAGUCAAACUAGGCCACUGUGACCUAAUGAACGAGGUUAUGAUUGGGGAGGAUAAACUCAUCAAAUUCUCAGGUGUUGCUCUAGGAGAAGCCUGUACCAUUGUGUUGAGGGGAGCCACAAAACAGAUCUUGGACGAAGCUGACCGGUCAAUGCACGAUGCCCUUUGUGUCCUCACACAGACCGUUAAAGAAACAAAGACUGUGUUCGGCGGCGGUAGCUCAGAGAUGUUGAUGGCUGAUGCUGUUUCCCGACUUGCAACCAAGACUCCAGGCAAGGAGGCAGUAGCUAUGGAAGCUUAUGCGAAGGCACUGAGGAAUCUACCUACCACCAUAGCAGAUAAUGGAGGUUUCGACAGUGCUCAACUUGUGUCAGAGCUCCGUGCCUUACACGCUGAGGGAAAGAAUACAAUGGGCAUUAAUAUGGAACUUGGAGAGGUGGCAGAUAUGGAGAAGAAUGGGAUCACAGAGUCGUUCCAAGUAAAACGCCAGGUAGUCAUGAGUGCAUCAGAGGCAGCAGAAAUGAUCUUGCGUGUUGACGACAUAGUAAAGGCUGCACCCCGGCCACGACAACGUGAUGACCGAUGUCAUUAAGACAUAAUUCCAUAGCGUUUUCUAUUUCAAUUUCAUGUGUGUGAUUUGCGGAAGUGUAAGAAACCUCGCGAGAGUAUGUGAGACUUUUGAAGAAUGAGAUGCCAAGAUAUACUGGCUUUGUAUUGUGGAAAGGAUUUUAAGAAGUUACUGACUAAAACUGUGGAACUACUGUUUCCAUUUGUAUUUAUAAAGACAUGAUCAAAUUUAAAUCAGACUACAACAAAUUCAGCAUUCAAAUGUUGGAUACCUGAAUUUACAUGCACAGAUCAAACUUUCUCCAAACUUAUUGUAACAAUUUGACAAUGUCAUGUUAAAUUUAUCAGUAAUGCAGUAACUAUGGCUGAAUUUCCAUGAGAUAAGAGUGUUCUUUCGAGUGUGCUUUUCGAGCAUUAGGAUCAACAAAUUCCUACAUGUGCUACAUACAACUGGACAAUUCACUAUUUUCUCCCACAUUCUACUAUACUUACAUUUGUAUUU